CAUUUCUGCGAUACCGGAUUCGACCACCUUUUCCGACUCUUUGCCGCUGACUCGUGCUUCACCGCAGAUUUUUCUGAGGAAUUAUGCUGUGACGCUGGGUCGCCGCAACAAGGAGGAUUGAGAGUGAGGAAACCGAAACCUUCGUCCUCACGCCCUUCAUCUAGUCCUACUUCCAACGACCCGGCACGACGACGUGUGAUUAACCCCACUUGCUUUACGGAAGACAUCUUCAAAUCUUUAUCCCCAGAAGUCUGCUGCGAUCGGCGCUUGGACAUGAUCAAGCUCUUGAGGACCGAUGUCCCGAUGGCUAUGCCUGGACCACUGUGCCAUGACGUCUUGGGCGAGCCAGUGCAUCCAACCUUAGGUCGAAUGCUAGAGGAAGUGUGUCCAGAAGCUGCGGCACCCUAUAGAGUAGUCGCGAGACUACUGGUAGGAGGUGGCAGUGGUACGAUCACGACGAAGGGUGGACGUACAGACCACAACAACAAGGGAAAGGAUGUUGACUCCUCUUCUACCUCUACCGCAUUAUCAUCUACUUCACCCGGAACUGCCUCUGCUGCAAUGAUGCAUAUUAGGACCGACAUCAGCGAAGACCACGACAGUAGCACUUCUAAAGACGAAGAUCUUUUCUGGGUUAGGAACCGUCGUCUCAGUUGGGUGGAGGCAGUAAAACAUCGACAUCCCUUGUUCGGUCUAAGACUAGCGGAGCUAAAGCAAAAAGCGGCAGCAGAUCUAAAACGACUAGAGGAAACGGUGGAAAGCAAUCGACCCGAACAAGACCUGCUUUAUCUCCAAGAAAAAAACGCUCCUGACGCAUCAAGUAGUAGAUCAAAUUCAACAAGCCAAAGUAGAACGAUAACUGACGACGAACAAGCUAUUGACGCAUUCCACCAGAUCCUGAACGAUGCAGAAGCCUUGCAAAACGAGCCAGGAGACGUCAUUUCCCCUGUAGACAUGUUGGAAAAAGGCAGUUUGAAUUAAGGUCAGCUUUUAUCCAUCUUUCUCGACAUCUUGAUCCUCUUUUGCCUUGUAAUUGUAUUAUUCCUAUGAAAUGAUUUUUAUGAUAAAAGGGUAGAGUAGUAUUUACAGGGGCCGAGAUGAGCAGGGGGCCGAGAUGCAAGCUAGCAGACUCUAAUUGAAACGGGUGGCAGCAACACUGCAAGUCGCCACAACGAUGUUCCGCAAUAACGACACCUCAACCUGGCAACCGCUUGUAGAGAUGGCCGAAACGGAAUUUCAGGCGAUAAAUAACGUGGCCGCAGAUGUUGACCACGCAGAAGAUCAUGAGCAUGAGCCGUUUGACUCGAAUGGAGGGACUGGUGCAUCUCCUCGUCCAGCAACACCUCUCCCUCCAAGGAGAACCCUUGCUUCUGCUCUUGAGCAGUACUUCCUCAUAGCUAUCUAUGGUGCGUUGGACAAGCUGUGGACUCUUUUUGAUGGUCCUAGCAGGUGGCGGACAGUCGAUUACCAGCGGAGUGAAGUUUGGUCAAUGCUUUUUCGAGCAGCGGAGAGACUACAAGAGAUGACGGGCAAUCCAGAGGAUAAACCAGAAAGAAUUAAGGCUCAGCUUUCAAUGGUCAUUGGGGUUGGUCACUGAGAUCGAAGAGGCGACCCCUUGAGAGAACAGGGGAAAACUAAGGGAAAGGGGAGAGCUUUGAAGGGGGUCCCUUCCGUUCAGAGUCAGUGGCCCUUGAAUGCUGAGCUUUAAUAGAACUUUUCAUAUCGCAAAAGUUUUUGAAGAUCCAGAUCCUGAGAUAGGUAGGGCAGUACUAGAGACGAGUAAAAAUGGUGCUCUUGUUCAUGAUUCCAAGAGGAACGCACCAGCAAAAAUUCCUCCAACUUCUUCAACAAGCGUAGUUGUAAAAGAGAUGAAGAAGACAAACGAGAGCAUUCCCAGUUAUGCCGUGCCUUUUCUGCAUUUCCGUGACGACACGAUGCUGUAUGCAGACGCUGCAGGAUGCAAGCAUUUGAGCGGAAUCAUAGACGAGUUGAAGACUUUGGCGAUGGCGAAAGAAAAAGAGAAAGUAGACACGACAAGUACAAAAGAAAGACACGACAGGGUACCGUCAAUCCAUCCAGGCCUCAACAUUGAUUCCAAAUCCGGUCGAUUGAUCUCAACUACAUCUCCGCCUUCGUCUCCUGAUCACUUGGACGAUGAAGACAAGAAGAGCACCGCUUCUCGGGGUUUCGUGGUCUUAGACGUGGGCGCUGGCACCGCUCCUUGCGAAGAUGCUUGGAGACAACUAAAAGACGUUCCUGUUUUCUACUUGAAACAAGAUUUCGCCAUGUAUGACACUUCUGAAACAGCUGAGGACCGCGGAAAGAAGAUCCACGAAGAAGCAAGGCGACUGGGAUUGUCGCCAUUUGGCUUUGCAUCCAGCAUUCACAAUUCGAACAAGGGAUACGCUCAUUUGGACGUGGUCAGCGAUAUUGUCGAUAUUCCCUUACCCAGUGACAGCAUCGAUAUCAUCGUAUGUGAUCAGGUGUUGGAGCACUUGCCGGAACCAGUGUUAUGUUGAUUACACCUACUCGAAUAGAAGGAGGUGGUAAAAAGUACAAAACCAAUUGUAACUCAUGCUCAUCCAGAUCCUCAUUCUUAAACUCAAUAGUUCUCCUCAACAUCAACACUAACACAGACGCCGAUCUCCAUGACCAUGUACAACAACGACGAACUACUUACAGUUAGUACAACUUCUUCUUCCUCCUCGUCCUAUUCUAACCUUCGCGGCCAUGCGCGAAAUCCAUCGUCUUCUCAAACCUGGUGGCAAAUUCUUCCUUUCGCAUCCUUACGGCUCUUUCCUGCACAACCUGCCGUACCACUACAAUGGCGGCUUCACGCAUGCAUGGUUCGAACUCCAUCUGAAAGCGCCAGCUCCAAAGGGUCUAGGGUAUUCAGAAUUGUACUGGAAUUACAGAUACGAGAAGCAGGGUCAAGCGGCACAACGGGUCUUGAACGACGUAGACUGUCUCCAAGUUCAUUUGGACAACUUCGCGGAUAAGAGGAUAUACCGAGAACUGCUUUUGAGGGUAGUUCCGCAAUUUGUAGACUCUUUGCCGGGGCUUUGUCCGGGUGGAAGUGAACGCAAAGUACAAGCUGUACAUGUGGUUGCUGUUAAGUAGUGAGUAUCGCAUGUAGUUGCAAUUGCAUCUUUUGCAUUUGCAUGACGCUGGGUUCUUGUUUGAUUGUAUGCGCACACGACGAAACUAUAUAUGGCAAAAAACUUGUCGUACUCGUAC